AUGCAGAGAAUAUUAGAGAAGAAACACUUCAGAAACAAACAGAAAGAGAUAGAAUACAUUUCGAAGAAAUUGCAAUCUUACGAUUGGAAGACUUACCCUCAUAGAUGUCUUCUUAUCUUAGAUGAUUUCGCCUCUCAUCCUUUGUUAAAGAAUAGAGAACAAGAUAUGUGUCGAAUUCUUAAGAAGCUCAGACACUUUAACAUUUCAGUUGUCAUUUGUGUACAGACAGCAAAGAGUUUAAGUAAGGAUGUUAAACGAAUACUUACUGACAUAAUACUUUCCCCCGGAUUGUCCGAAGACGAUUUCAUGGAACUUAUGAAAGAGUCCAUGGCAGGUAAGUUUGACAGACAUGAACUAUGGGAGAAGUACAAAGUCAUACAAGACCCUCAUACUUCUUUCAGAAUUCAUAUCUACGCAAACAAAGUUCAAAUUGUAAAAAGUCAAGCUUGA